AGUGUUCUAUAAAAUUAAUAGGGCUUUUUCGAUUUAAUACCAUAGUAGUACCUAGGUAAAUUAUCGUACGAUAUGCUAGGUAUCUUGUCCAUGAAGUGGAGUGGAGUUUAACCAAGACGUAAUUGAAUUAAUAUCAACAAUGGCCGUAGUUAAAACGCCUGUGCUCAAAGUGAUAUUAUGUGGUGAAUACGGUGUUGGUAAAAGUUCCUUGUUUCGACGUUUUAUCAAUAACACAUUUAUACCCAACUCAGAUAGACGAUCAACAUUGGGAUUAGAUCAUUUUGAAAAAGUAUAUCAAGUGGGAGACAAAGAUGUCAAGUUACAGUUAUGGGAUACCGGAGGCAUGGAACGAAUCGCUUCAGUUACAUCAAGCUAUUACAAGUUUGCUGAGGCAGCUAUCCUAGUUUUUUCUUUGGAUAAUUCUUCAUCCUUCCAUGUGUUAAGCCAGCAUUUGCUGGACAUCGUGACAUAUGCAGAGAAUGCCAAAAUAUUUUUAUGUGGAAACAAGUCUGAUUUAGAAGGUUCUGCACCGCAAGUGACUGAUGCUGAUAUUGAAUCUUUCUGUGAGCAAUGCCAUAAUCUCAUCAAUACUACAUACAAGACAUCUUGCAAAACUGGCAAAGGGGUUGAAGAGAUGUUUUCAGACAUUGCUUUACAACUGGUGGAGACCAAUAGGUCAAGGAUGGAACUGCAGACUUUGGAUCACAACAGCUUCAAAAUAUCCAACCCUGAUCCACCCGAGGAACCAUCAUGCAGCUGUUGAUAUCACCACUAAUAUCUAUUGAUACAAAGCUUAAGAAAAUUGAUUAUUUAUUACGAACAAACACCUGCUGAAACUUUUUACCAUUUGGCUUUAAGUUAUCUUAUUGUUUUUAUAUUCAUUCAGUAUUAAUUUAUGUUGAUCAGUAGUUAGUAGUCUUCACUAUUACAUGUUGUACCUAUAUUAAUGUGGACCUGUAUGUACUUUGUUUGUAAUACAUAAUAAAGCUUUAAUUUUGUUAGGCCAGAUAUAUACAA